AGCAAGUGUUUCCCCUGGGGCUCAUUACUUGGGACUGUCAUAUUUAAGUUACUUUGUACACCAUCAUUUCCAUGAAGGAAAGUCGGAAGAGGUAACAGAGAAACAUCCCGCGGAGUCUAAUUUUAAAAACUUUAUCACUAUGUCUGCUCCUGUCUCGGGUAGGAAGACUCCAGUAGACCAUGGUGUUCAGAUUCGUUUUAUAAAUAACCUACAUGAUACCGGAGGGGGAGUGAGUGGUCAGUCUCGAAAAGAGGGUCCCAAAAAGCCUUCCUCCCGCUAUGGCGUGGCGGUUAGGGUGCAGGGCAUCGGUGGACAGCCAUAUGUUGUACUGAAAGAUGGAGAGAAAGGAGAUUCGUAUGGAGUGCAGUUGAGAACCCAACCACCUGCUUACAACAGCCUGCCCAGGAGGCGGGAAGAUGGAGUAAUCCAGGGGCCAUAUUUCUCAUCUGGAGAGAGCGGCCACUUGCGUAGGGCUCAUUCUCACGGUGACUUGUUGGACAGCAGUGAUAACUUACCAGAUCAAAUCCGGCGUCCGCUUGAAGACGGACGCUCUGGUAGCUACGGCAACCUGGAUGGAGGUGGCAUUGGUGUGGGAACAGAGCGGGCCCGUCCAAGAGAAAGGAUGGAGAGAAAUCAGUGGGGUGGUUCCCACCAGGCCGGGCUGAACGGCACUUUCGGAAGAGGAAGAGGCAGUCACUACACCUCAUCGGAAUCUGUUGACAUUUCCCAAUACAGUGAGCGGGCUCCCAGCUCCAACCGCCAGACUCCUGUCAACCGAUUCAUCGAAAGGUCUGAAGGGGGCUCUUCUGUACAAGCGGAUAACUCUGGAGUCACCGCUAGGGGGCGCUAUCCUGGCCUUAAUGCAGAAGAGAGACCUGCCUCAGCAUCACCAUCAUAUUCAUCUCUUGUUCAGAACUCAUACCACUCACCACCCUCUUCUUCACCUGGUUCUGCCUACAGCAGCCUUGGACGAGGCUCCGGCUCUGUUGCCAAGGUCAAAGCUGUCACUUCAUCUUCAAAUCAGUGGCCCACAUCAGUUGAUUCACAUGUCACCCCUGACCUCUUGUUGGACCAGGGUCAAAGUUCAGGGUCAGAGUUCUCAUCCGAAGAACAAAUACAGCAGAUAAUCUAUGGUGUUCUGCGACAGGGGAGUACAGAGGGAGACGCUACCAUUAAGCGCAAGGUUCAAGUCAUCUGCAGUAAGAUCCAAGGACUGAAGAGUUCUCAGGUGAACCGAGCUGAUGGAUCUCUGAAUGAGGAGCUUGAGAAACAUCUGGAUGAAAAUGUCCAGCUGCAGGAACAGCUGGCCAGAAAGAACACAGAGCUACACCAGAUACACUCGGAGCUGACUCAUUUGCGAAUGGACAGAGAGAACGCGGAGUCUCAUGUCAGAGAGCUGGAGUAUCAGCUGGCAGGACUACAGGAAGAGCUGAGAAGAGAGACUCACAACAGAGCUGAUGCCGACACAGUACACACGGAGUUGAUGGCAGUGAGAGCCGAUUUGGCUGAAGCGGCAGCGCUGCGUCAGAGGCAGGAGGAUGUUUUGAGACAGAGAGAGAGAGAGCUGACCGCUCUCAAGGGGGCGCUCAAAGAGGAGGUCUCCACACAUGACAAAGAAAUAGAGACGCUCCGAGAGCAAUACCGGCAAGACAUGGAGCGACUUCGAGCCAGCAUGGAGCAGGUUUCACAGUCUCAGGCGUCCAUAGAAGCGGAGCGUCACCGCGUGAACUCCACGGUGAGGACACUUCAGCAGCAGCUGGAGGAGAGCAGAGAUGAGGGGAGUCACUGGAGAGAGCAGUUUCAGUCCGGACGAGAAGAGCUGCGCAACACCAAACAAGAGUUACUUCAAGCACGUCUGGAGAAAGAGGAGUUUGAGGAGGAGGUUAAAGAGCUGCAGGAGAAAGUGACCACCAUGAAACAGCAGAUACCAGAUCCCAAACACACACAGACACACAGCCAGGAGCUUGAGCGUUGUCGUGCCGACCUGCAGAAGACCCAAGCAGAGGUGGAUAAAUUUAAAGAAAACCUUGAUAGGAAGACCAUGGAAAUCGUCUUAUUAAAGAAAAGCAAACAGGAGCUGGAGGCAGAGCAGAAAUAUGAGAUCGACAGGUUGAAGGACCAAUCACGCAGAGACAAGGAGGAGCUGACAAAAGUACAUGAGAGGGCCAAACAGCUUGCUGAGCCAUCAUUGGUGGAAGCCCUGCAGGGGGAGUUGAGUGAUGCGGGAAGGGAGGCGGAGCAACUGCGCAGUCAGCUGCUCUCAGUUAAGGAAGAGCUGCAGUCAGAGAGAGACCGACUCUGCUCUCUUCAAACCAAAGCAAACAGUCUGAUGCAUGAGAGCGGAGAACUUGAGGGAGACAACAUCCGCAUGAAGGAGAAAAUCGCACGCCUGGAGUCUCAGCUGCAGGAGCGUGUGUCUCAGAGCACUGAGGUUGAGCAGGAGCAGCAGGAGGAGACCAGAAGACUAAAGCAGCAGCUGGAGGAGUCCAGACGUGAGAACUCUCGGCUGGGCCUGGAGAGGGGCGAGCUGGCUCGCAAUCUGGAGGAGAGAGAGAGGGACAGAGACGCCCUGCGCAAGGAGAACACACAGCUGGAUGACCAGCGUAGACAGCAGGAGAGAGCGCUGGACAAACUCAACAAAGAGAUGGAGCGCUUGUCUGCAGCCUCCCGUGAGGAGGUGCGGCUCCUACAGGCUCAGCUGGACGAGCAGAGAGAGAAGUGGAGGAAGGAACAGCAAGACUCUCAGAAAAGCACCAAAGAGAAGCUGAGUGAGCUGGAGAGAUUCCAGAGCACCAUCCAUUCUCUACAGGAGGAGUUGGCUCGUCAAAAGAAGGAGGUCUUCUCAUGUUAUGAAGAGAGAGACAAUGCUGUGCUGGAUAAAGAGCUUAUGACCAAUCGUCUCAAACAUCUGGAGGGCGAGAUGGAGACGCAGCGCAGCACACGCAAUGACCACUCGCAAAAGAUCCGCAGCAUGGAGGACAAAAUCAAACAUCUGGACCUUGAGUUGGAUGAGGAGAAGAGCAACGGAGAAAUGCUGACAGAGAGAAUCAACAGGAGCCGUGAUCAGAUUGAACAGCUGCGUGCAGAGCUCAUGCAAGAGAGAUCCUCCAAACAAGACCUGGAACUGGACAAAAAUGCCCUGGAGAGACAGAUAAAGGAGUACAAGUCUCGUAUAGCAGGAAUGGAGGGCCAGACACGUUCUUCUACUGGCAUGUCUCAGCUGGAGAGCAAAAUCCAAGAACUCGAGGAGAGAUUGCAUACAGAAGAGAGAGAGAAGAACACAAUGCUGUCAUCUCAGCGACGGCUGGAGAGGAAAUUAAAGGAGCUGAACAUCACUCUGGAUGAGGAGAGACAGCAGCAUGCAGAGCAGAGAGACCAGCUGGCUCUGAAGUUGAAGGCUCUGAAGAGGCAGGUGGAUGAAGGGGAGGCAGAGGUGGAACGGCUGGAGGGCUCGAAGAGGAAAGCCAUCAGAGACAUGGAGGAGCAGAUGGAACAGAAGGAGGCGAUGCAGUCCCGAGUGACGGCGCUGGAGAAUGAGCUCAAGCGGAAGAUGCAGCAGGCCCGGCAGUCAGUUUUGGACUCCUCAAUUCUCAGCUCCGAGGAUGAUGAUGAUGAUGGGUUGUAUGAUCAUUCCAGCAUAACCUCCAUCCUCACCGAGAGCAACCUGAAGACCAGUUCCUGCUGAAGAGAGAGAGAGAGAGAGAGAGAGAGAAGAAUCUGUGGAAUGGGGUGGGAACGAGUGUUUGUUGUUGUGUCUAUAAAAGGAAAUGGGAUUGACACACCAUUUUUAGACACAGCGCAACUUCAGUCCUGCUUUAAAAUCAACAAUUACAGUCUUAGAUUCAACUCUUUUUUUAUUAUUAUUAAUCUUUCGCACUAAUACAUCUGAUAUGUAUACCGUCUGUAGUAACAUCACCAGACAUUUCAUCUACACCACCAUUCAACCAUAGAGACAACAUUAAUGAUCAGUGCCUUUUGUCAAUUUGACAAUAGGCCUUAUUUUAGGAAGAGAUGUCAAUAUCUCAUUUAAUCCUUUUAGAAAUGUAUAUUCAGAAUAUAUUGACUUCAGCUGAUGUUUAUCCUUUGUAUGCCGUGUAUACAGGAGUACAGAGUUUAUUCACAAAGAGUACACAGCAAAAUCGCCAGUGUUAAAAAAGGU